CACGAGGUCUCUCUCCUUUCUCUCUCGCCGUAGGCUUUACUCGAGAACCAGACCCAAAGAUUGAAAAAGACAGAGACAAAGACAGACACUUUAGCUGUCUUUUUUAAAGUUGGCGGUGAAAAAAUGGAGAGAAGAAACGAACGGACGAUGAUAAAGAGAUCGAAGUGGCAAUACCCACAAGUGGGCCUUCCUACGCCGAGGAUCCUUCAGCUGCCACGUAGGCAAGGUGUGCGACGGAGUGCAGCAAAGGGGAAGACAACAACACCUUCUUCUUCUUCUUCUUCUUAUUCUUCCUCGACUCAGAAGGAUCAGAGAGUGAAACUGGAGGUUCUGUUUCACCAAGAGAGAUCCUUUGAUCGAGGAGGGGGACCUGUUGUGAUGGAUGAGGGAAGGAGAAGAGAGAAAGUUGCAGAAGGGAGAGAGAUCGGUGGGUCGUCUUCUAGUGAAGUAGAUGAAGCCAAGUGGAGGUUUCAGACGGAGAUGUUGAGAUCAGAGUGUAACUUGUUAAGGAUUGAAAAAGAGAUUGCGUUGAAGAAGAUGGAGAGGAGGAAGAAGCGAAUGGAGAAAACGCUUAGAUCUGCUGUUAAUACUCUCCUCUCUGGGAAACAGAGAAUCUCAGAAGGGAAGAAAGAGAGCAAUGUUUUGGAAGAUGAGAUAAGCUAUUUGAUUGAGAAACUAAAUGAGUUAAAGUCUCCAAAGGUCAAUAAGGACAUGAAAGAAGCUAGAAACUUCAGACAUAACUUUGACAAGAAAGCUUCUGUUUUAAGAAGAGAGCUGGAGAAGUUGGAUGAAGGAGAGGUUUGUGUUCAAGGGAUUCAGAAAAUGGCUGAGGCUAGCUUCUUGGUCAACAGCAAUAACGGCAAUAUAGAUACAUUGAGUAGUAAAAUGGAGGCGUUGUCGAUUCUCUCCAAAACCAUUGAUCUUCAAGAUUUAUCUGUACAAGACACGUAUACUAAAAAAGACUGUUCUAGACAUUGCAAAGCAGUUAUGAGAAAGAUCACGGAUCAAGUAAGAGCAGAAGCUGAGCAAUGGUCACAAAUGCAAGAUAUGUUGGGUCAAGUGAGGAAUGAAAUGGAGGAACUUCAAUCUUGUCGUGAUUUCUGGCAAAACCGUGCUCUCGAAUCAGAUUCUCAGAUACAGAAUCUAUAUUUCUCUGUUGAAGGUUGGAGAAGAAAGGCUUUAUCAUCAGAAGCAAAGUUUAAGAACAUACAAGCAGAGGUUUGCGGGUUACAAGAAGAGAUCAAAAGAUUGAGGAAGGAAGGUAAUAAGUUAGAACCAGAGAAGAACAAGUUGCCAACAGAGUCAGAGAAGAGAGUAUUGAUUUGUAGGUUGAAAGAAAACAGACAUAGCAACAAUGGAGAUUGGUCUAAGUACAGUGAAGGAAGAACAGCAAAACCGUCGUGCUCAAGACAGCCUUUGAGAGAGAUUAAGAACGGUUCAGUGGCAGUAACAAGGCAGAGAAACACUCCAAUGUCAUGAAAAUGUAACCUUGUUUUCUUUUUCUGACAAAAAAAA